AUGGAAGCCAUGCUGCACGAAGCCCUUGUCGACGAGACGACGCAUGAUGCGCGCCUUUCGAUCGGCAUGGAGAAGGAAGGGUAUGUGGCCAUGCAGGACGACGUUCCGCUCAAUGCGACGACGAUUGCGCCGCUUCAUGCUCCGUUUGCGGCGCAGUACUACUACCACCGCAUUCUGAGCGCCCACUGGCUGCCGGUCGUCGCCGAACUCAUGCUGGCGUUCCUCGCCAUCAGUGUUUUCUUUGGCUGCCUGCACUGGCUUCAGUUUGACGAAGGGCUGUACGUUCUCCACGGUCUCACCGAACACAACUCGAAGUUUGAGCUGUGCUUUUACUUGAGCGUGCAUACGCUUUCGACGAUCGGGUAUGGCACGAUUGGGCCCGCGCCCAACGACGUGUACCACAACACGAUUGUCUACACCGAGGCCAUCAUGGGGCUCACGUUUGCGGCCAUUUUCACCGGUAUUUGCUGGUCGAAAUUUGCCAAAGCCCGCGCCCACAUUCGAUUCUCAAAAUCGGUCGUCGUCACCAAUGUCUUUGGGCAGCGCUGUCUUGUGUUUCGCGCGAUGAACCUGCGCAACAUUGGCGAAGUCCGCCAGUGCCACUUCAAACUGGGGGCAUUCCUCACGGACGAGAAUGGCCACCGCCGCAUGAUGGACCUCGCGCUCGUCCAGCCGCAGUGGACCUCGAUCAACGUGCCAAUCACGCUCGUCCACUGCCUUGACGCAGCGUCGUCACCGCUCGCAACACUCUCGGAUGCCGAGCUUCACAACCUCUCGCUCCUCGCACUCUGCUCGGGGUUUGACACGACCUUUUUCGAGACCGUGUACGCCCGGCACAUGUAUUUUGGUCCGUCGAUCGUCCUUGGCAGAGACUUUCAGGACGCUGUCGCCUUGUACCCGGACCGCGUCGUCGUCGACACGGCGUGUUUUGAUUCGUUGAUUUAA